AUGAAUUUUAACAGAUAAGAAUCAUUUUCAAGAAAAAACACUAUAUUAUAACGACCUAAUAGAUUAUAUUCAAUCUAGGAUAGACAUUAAACUGAAGAUCUUAAAAUUUUGGUAGAAUUAUCAUGUAGAAAAAACUCUAUUCAAGAUCACCCUUCAACACUUAAAUAACCAAAUUCAUAAAGAAGUUAAUUAUAAAAAUAUAGAAAUCUUUAUUUAUAUGAUAAAAAGCUCUUCAAAAAUAGAAGAGAAUAUAAAUCAUCAAAAGAGAACUGUCAUGAUUAAAAAGAAUCUAAAUUCUCAAUCAAAUUAUAAAUGCCCUCAUUUCAUUUCAAUUAAGAUGAAGAAAUGAAGAUCUUUAAACUUAAAUUAAUGAAAUCAGAACUUAUUAGAAAUAAGAUUCCUGAUGUUUCAAAAGAUGCUAAACCAAUCCAUUUGCAUAAUAAUAAAAAAAUAUCUAAUCUAAAUCUUGAUCCUCUUAAAUUCACAAAUUUAGUCGUUUUACCUUCAGUUAGAGGAUGGGAUAAUAACAACUAAAGUUCUUAUAGAUCUAAUUGA